CGCACUUACUCAAAGAACGAAACAGAAGAAAAAGGCGAACAGAAAGGGAAAACCGAUAUCACUGCCUUGUCAAUGGCGGGAAAGCAGGUGCCCGGCGACGGCAUAUCGGCGAACCUCGCCGGAAUGUCGAAGAAUCAACUUUAUGAUAUAAUGUCUCAGAUGAAGCAAUUAAUUGAACAGAACCAGCAACAAGCGAGACAAAUCCUAAUCCAAAAUCCGGUUCUCACUAGAGCCCUCUUUCAGGCACAAAUUAUGCUUGGAAUGGUGCAGCCCCCACAAGCGAUCCCAAAUGUCCAGCCAGCAGCAUCACAAAAUCCUCAGCCAUCAAAAUCACCGAUUCAGCAGUCAAAUAUCCAGACUUCUUCACCAGUUCCAGGACCAACAAUAAAGCAGGAGCCAAAUAUAAAGCAGGAGCAGAACCUGCCAGCAACUACAGUAUCUUCAGCUUCUGUUCUUCCUUCAAAUCUUCAACCUCCAUCCUUUCCAUCACAUCCCUCACAGUCCACACAGCAGCCAAAGGGACAUAUUGCUACCCAACCGACACAAAUGCCCAUACGUCAAUCCUCUCAACUACCUAAUAUGCCUCAUCUUCCACAUCAUGCUGCUGCUCAGCCACCUUCACACCUACAAGCACCGAUUCCCUCAGCCUCUAACCAGCUGCAGCAGCCAAUGCAGACUACUAGCGUAUCACAUCUUCCCCCACUACAACCUCCAUUACCAACACAACAAAGGCCUCCAAUGCCCGGGUUCCCUCAUCAAGGUCAAUCCCAGAUGGGAUUAAAUGUGGGUUUUCAGCAUUCUAGUGCACCUCAGCUGCAUCCUUCCCAACCUGUCUAUCAUUCAGGCACAAGACCUCCAGCUGGACCUGGGCAUUCAUUUCUGCAGGGACAACCUCCACAUCCAAUUCAGGCCCCAUUACAGCCACCAUAUCAGGUUGGAAGCUCACAAUUAGGGACGGACUUCAAUCAAAUUGCAAGCUCCAAUCAAGCUGAUAGGGGAUCUCCUUGGAUUCCUGGAAUGAAACAAGAGAGUGCUUCUGCGGCACAGCUUUCAGGACCACCACAAUUCCCUGGCCAAAUGGGCCCAGGCAAUCAGCAGCCUCGACCUCCUUCGUUGACGCCUGAGAUGGAAAAGGCCUUACUUCAACAGGUCAUGAGCCUCACUCCAGAGCAGAUUAACCAGCUGCCUCCGGAACAGAGGAAUCAAGUGUUGCAGUUGCAGCAAAUGCUGCGUCCAUAAGAGCUUUCUUGAUAGAAGCAUUAGAUCGUGCUCUUUGUGAUUUUGCCAACUAGUGGCGUCUCUAGCUGUUCGUUAGGCUAUUUAUCAAUCAAUAUAUGGCAUGGAGAAACAAUGCUGUUGUCAAAUGUCUGGCAUAUGUAUAUUAUCGUUUCAUUUUGUCUUAUUUUAUGCAUCAGAAAAAGUUAUUACAUUUUUAUGGACAAGGACAUAAAUGGUUUUCAGGUCAACUGUUUCUGCUGA